CUCCGGUUAAGGCACGGUCCAUCGUACAUCGUUCUGCGGCGGUAGAUCAUUGAAGUGCAUGGCAUCCAUUGAAUAUCUAGCGUCUGAUAACACAUCUUGGCGCAUAUAUGUUGGAACAAUUAUCACCAUUGUACCUGCCACUAUCGUAGUGGUUUUACGAUUUAUCGCUCGACACGUUGCUAAAGCUGGGUUUUGGUGGGAUGACUAUACGAUUGUUGGGGCGCUGAUAAUCAACUGGGCCCUGGCAGCGACGAGAUGGGUUCAGAUCGCAGAUUAUGGCUUGGGCCAACAUUAUGUACAUGCACCGCCCGGUCAAACCCAAGCCCUGGGCAAGAGUUUCUUGGCUACAGAAAUUUUAUACUUUACGAAUGCCGUUCUCACCAAAGGCUCCUUGCUCCUUCUAUACCAUCGAAUCUUUGGAGUUGUGAAAGGAUUCCGCUGGGCUCUCUGGGCAUCCGGGGCCUUAGUGAUCGGUUAUUACAUUGCCUGUGUGAUCGUUUCAAUAGCCGGCUGUAGGCCGGUAUCUAAGCUCUGGGAUUCCAGUAUUCCUGGAACGUGUAUUGACUUGAUCGCCUUCUUCCGAUGGAACGGUGUUGGCAAUAUGCUCCUCGAUGUUUUGAUUCUAUGCCUUCCAUACCCGAUGGCGUGGCGAUUGCAAACGACGUUGAGACAAAAGUGGAUUCUUACUGGCAUAUUUCUACUCGGCGGUUUUGUCUGUGUUGUUUCCGUACUUCGGAUCACAAGCUUCGAUUUCGACCCUCUGGAUAAUAUCACCUAUGACAGCGUUGUACCAUCGACCUGGUCCUCGAUCGAACAGUCGGUUGGAAUUAUCUGUGCAUGUCUGCCAACCAUCCGACCGCUUCUCAGAUGGUUGACUGGCAGCUCUGCCAGUAGUAUCCGCAAGAGAGACAGUUCUUCUUCCGAAUUUCCUCAAGGAAGCCCUCUAUCUGGUCGACGAUCGCAGACAGACGAGGAGAAUUCUCUCGACUCUUUGGCGUCCCCCACGUCUCCUACUCCCCUCGUGUCCCAGAUGAACUCGGGACACAAUCGUGUGUCAUCGUCUCCAGCGAUGGACACUAUUGAAGACCAUGGCCAUAGCUCCUGGACCCUUGAGGAAUCUAGUGGAAACCCUGAAGGGUAUAUCCCACGGCCAGAGUCCUUUGCAUAGGCAGUCUGUUCUUUCGUUUGGUCUGAAGUGUAAAUUCAAGAUUUCGUGAUACCCCUACUAGUUAUAUCAGCAACACGGAUCAAUUCGUUGAGUGCAUUCCAGCAAUGUAGGAUUUCGAAAGACAGUCGUCUAAUAUCAAGGAUGAAGCAUUAAUGUAAUAAUCUUGAUUGAUAGCAAUAUAUAUGUAUGGCGAUAUAUGAGAUCGUACUAUACACCACCGUCUUUUAAUCCGUUCUCAUGACCUCUGACGUUCAGCAGUCACUGCCCUGGCGUAAUUUUGAAGCCUUUGCUAGAACAUAGCACCGGUCAUAGCGAAUAUUUGUAAAGUCCCAUUCUGGAUGGACAUGAUUUGAAAAUAGAUAUAGAAUACAAUGCACAAGAGAUCAAUCCAAAAAAAAUCCCAUCUAUCUGUACAAAAAGCAUGAUGCAAGAUAUCAACGCAUCAUCUCGGCGAGUCACAAGUCACACCCGGAGUGACACAGGUGAACAGCUUUAUCAGCCAUCCACGACCGUGUCUCACCCCUCCAAAUUGCCUUCAUCAUAUCAUGACCGAGCCUCGAUUUUAGGGGUAUCCUCGUUCUCCUCAAUGACAACGGCGCCCUCCUCCAACAACUCCUCGGGAGUCUUCACCCGAACUUCCAUCACCCGCAUGAUCGUGUAGCGGUGCUUGCUCCGGGCCUGCUUGAUGUGUCGCUGUCUCCGCUUCGUCUUCUCCUUGAUGCGCAUGGGCUCCGACUCGACACCAGUGACGCGGACUCGGCACUCGAACAAGCGUUCGUCGAGGUGCGGCGAGCCCUUCAUUGUGAAAUCGCGCGAACCAAGAGCGCUGGCCCGGUUGAAGCGGAGAAUGUCUCCGGUCUUGACCUUAGGCAUGAGGAAAGGAAGACGGACAUGGUCACCCUCCGUUAAGAGGUAAGGCCGGGCGUGCAGCUCUGCAACAACAUAAUGCGGCGAUUGACCAGCCAGAUGCGGGAGGCGCGACAUGAGGGACUUGGUCACUUCAAGAGGGGAAUCGAAGGUUGGUGCAACCGGUUGCUUGGCAAUUGGGACAUCGGCGCGCGUGUGAGGGAUCGAGGAGGGAGAGGAUGGGUCGUAGGAUUGCACCUCGGGUGCAUUCUGAGUCUCGGGCUGGGAAGUUUGCGCGCGAGGAGUAGCACUCAAUGGUGAUUCGGGGGUUGGAGAAGAUGAUUGAGUCUGAGUCUCUUGUUGCUGUGUUCGAAGUAGGGCGGUUUGGUGCAAGCAAGCUCGUUGCCGAAGGGGAGCUGCAGACAAAAUAGAAGACGGAGCAGACAACCGCAAGUCAGCGGCUAGACUCCGGAAUACUGAGCGUGAGAACAUCUUGAAAGAACCUUUCCCCGUUGCGUAGAGCGAAUUGCGGGAAAUCAAUGGUUCCUUGUUGGUCAAGUUACUGGCAAGAGCGGCUCUUGG